AUGUAUUGUCUGAUCAAGACAGAUAUACUCUUCGAUCGUCAAACUUCGAAUAGUUCCCUCAACAGUUAUUUUAUAUCCCCAAGAAUAUUCCUUUCCCUUCGAUGAAGGUGUUUGCAUGAACGAACACAAGCGGCAAGUGAUUUAUUCAACAGAUACGUUAAAGUCUAGAAGUGUGUUGAUAUCCUCGACGAGUUCUUCAAUAAGUGUUUGCACGGGGUGUUCAUAGGUAUUCCUCCCAAUGUGGUAAGUUCUUGGAUUGGGUUAAUUUUUCUAAGAAAAGGAAGUGAAGGCUAUUAGUAUUGUUGUGCAACUGAGUGAUAUAGGACUUACAAUUCGUCUAGCUCAUACAUAGAACAAUAUGUCAACCCCGGUGAACGUUGAAAACGACGUCAAAAAUUGCAACCUCACACACAGCUCACCAGGAGCUCAACUGCGAGAAUACCACUAGGCUGAUUCACCCGGAAUAUUUGCAACCAACGGUUAGGGGUAGAAAGCUGGCGAGGAGGAACCGCCCCAAUUCGCACGAAUAGAAAACGCAUCUAGCCAUCUACAUCAUACAUGAUGAGACUAAAGUAUUCUUGUAUCCAUUUCCUUAUUUCAGUGGAUUGGUAAUUAUACCCAUUACAAUCACAGGUAAUAGAUCAUGCGGUUUUCCAACAUACCAAGUAUAAAUCAUCCCAGCUCUUUGAUCACUGCGUCGGACUGUAUCUUGCGUGGAUUACUAAAAGACACCAAGAAUAUCCAUCGUCAUUCCCCAUCUGUUUGAGAAAUCCACAGAUCAUUCCAGCAUUUUGGCCCUCUUUGCUUGGAGCAGAACUCGAUUGGGCAUUUACUACUACUCCCCAGGUGAUUCUCCCAAUAGAUUUCCACAAAAUUUGUUCUAAUUGCUCGUGAUGAAGAGAGAGCUCGGCAGUCGCACGAUUAGCCUUCCUGGUUGUCUAGUUCUGAGGGCAUCGAGUAACCUCAAUGCCCAAGCUUUUACCGCUGCAUUCAAGGUUGGAAUUGAUGCCUGGGAAGAGCUUGGAAACCAAGGAUAGGAUUGGGAUAUUAGAAACCUUACUACAGACAGUGCCAUACUGAUGCAAUUCCAAGCGACAACACACGACAGGAGUGGGGUUUAAACUAUCUGACGCCUUUGGAAAAUUCACACUCUGACGGUCCUAUUCAAACGUCGUACCCUGAGAAAAUAGAUGCACUCCAAAAGGAUGGGUUGAUACUUUCAAUACAUUGAAGUACGGAAUAUCCGAGAAGGCAUUCUCAGGAUCAUCGAUUGGUCAACAUUGCAAUGGUUAAUAGCGCUACCACGGAAGGAGCUAUUCCGUAAAUGUUUACUUCAAACCUGCGCAAAAUCGACCAAAUCUUCAUCUCGUGACUGAAGCUCGAGUUGAAAAGAUCAUCCUCGAAGAAGAAUUGAUGAUCCUGGACUUCCUUGCUCGCCUGAAAUCGAUGUAUAUGCUGCAAACGCUAACGUGGGAGAAAAUUUCCAAGAUCAUGCCAUCAGUGGAAUGAGUUCUGAGGUAAUUGAUAAAAUUUCAGACUUCAGAUGCUCUUAACCGCCAAGAACCCGAAGCUAUAGCAGCGGCAAUAUCGUCCCUCGCUUACAUGCCAGUUCCAAACUUCCAGACCCGAAGGCCAGGCUGAGUUAAAGUAUUUGCUGCUUACCCGCAAACCCAAUACUGAGAGUGUAAUAUUUGAGUUCGUACGCUAUAUUCUUGCCAGUGCUGACAAGAGUUCUGCUUGCUACUUUGUCUAUGCUGCCUAUGGAAGCUUUGGAUCUGAUGCAGGCUCGGCAAAGAACGUCACUAUCACCAAGAAGACUAGAAGCUUUCUCACAAUUGCUUGCGAGCUUGGGCAUCCUCUUUCGCGAGGUGGCGUCCAUGUCAAAUCUUCUUUUGGCGUCGGGUAGCCCUAACAUUGAUCCCAGAAACUUCAGUAACCCUAUUGACCUGGAUAUCCACGCAGGAUUCUUACGAUUCAUUCACAACAUUGCUGCAAGAGAGCCAAUGGCAAAAUUCGACAAACCUUUGCCGCAUUUGGUAUAGGCCUGGAAGCUGCCAAAGACUAUGUCCGAAAAACCAUGAUUUCUCUGUAGGACCCCUGCGGUACCUGUGCAAAGUUACCUUUGGCGGAUUGCGGCGUCUUAGGCGAUUAAGCUGAUCGUUUAUGGCACGAAAAACGUCAGGAGAGUUGAUGCAAGCAUGAUACCUUUGAUCCCAAGGAGCGAUGUCCAAUCAACUGUUUACGUUGUAGCUGAUAGAGCGGCCUCUUUGAUCAAGCUGAAUCAUAAUAUCUCUUAGAGAUGCUUUCAUUAUUUGGAUUGCGCAUAUUGACUUGUUUCCUCCAAAGCACAAUACUAUGUUAUAAGUCAAAUGGAUUAUUUAGUACCUUCGGGAUCAUAGCAAAUUCAUAUAC